UCCAAUCAGGCAGGUCGAGCUCCUCAUUUCUGCUCUGAAACUCCUACAGAUGGGACACACGCUGUCUGAACACUGCAGAAAGUUUUAACACUGGGAAAUGGCUGAACCAGCUACUAUAACCAGACCACUCAUAUCCUCCAAGAGGCACAAGAGCAUCCGAAAGAAUUCCAGGAGGAUUUAUUCCCCAUAUCAUGAUAAUAAUGGGCCGUCUGAUGACGAAGAUAAAGACGGAGAGCGAGUGGACAGUAAUGAUCCCGAGGAGAUGUUCCAGAACAUUCAGUUUCAGAAAGAAAUCAUCGCCAACAUCCGGAUCAAACCCUGGCCAAUAAGACGCAAGCUAAAAGUGCUCAAGCAAGCCAGAGAGAUUGUUCUGAAGUAUGAAGGCAGAUUGACCAGGACUCGUGGUUACCAGGCUGCUGGUGCAGAUUUGCUGAAGAAGAUUUCAAGAGUCUUAUACAACAUUGUCGUUUUGUUCAUUCCAUGGGAGAUGAGGAUUAAAAAGAUUGAAAGUCACUUUGGGUCAGGAGUGGCUUCUUACUUCAUAUUCCUGCGAUGGCUGUUUGGGAUCAAUAUAGUUCUCACUAUUAUGACUGGAGCCUUUAUUGUCCUUCCUGAGCUACUGGCCGGCGCUCCAUUCGGCACAACGCGGAGCAAAACCAUUCCUAAAGAGCACUUUGCCUCGGCACAAGACCUGGACACCAUCUGGUCGCUCGGGGGAUAUCUACAAUACUCUGUGCUUUUUUACGGCUACUAUGGUAAUGUGCGUAAAAUCGGCAGCGCUGGCUACAGACUUCCAUUGGCCUAUUUUCUGGUCGGGAUGGCAGUUUUUGCUUAUAGCUUCAUCACAUUGUUAAGAAAAAUGGCUAAAAACUCCCGGAUGAGUUUAGCUGGUGCCUCUGAUGAGAAUUACACCUUCUGUUGGCGUGUUUUCUGUGCGUGGGACUACCUGAUUGGGAACCUAGAGGCAGCUGAGAGUAAAGGGGCGGCCAUUGUCAACAGCAUCAGAGAGGCCAUUGUAGAAGAGCAAGAGAAGAAGAAAGACACAAGCUUAGCCGUCUUGAUCAGUUUGAGGAUUCUGGCAAACAUUCUGGUCCUGCUGUCGUUGACCGGCAGCAUCUACAUCAUCUACUUUGUGGUGGAUCGUUCUCAGAAACUGGAGCAGGAGAAACCUGAGCUGACCCUCUGGGAGAAGAAUGAGGUGAGUGUGGUGGUUUCGCUCAUCACAAUGAUUGCUCCUUCAGCUUUUGAGCUUGUGUCACAGUUGGAAAUGUACCAUCCCAGGACAAGUCUCCGCUUCCAGCUGGCCAGAGUUCUGGUGUUGUAUCUUGGAAACCUCUACAGUUUGAUUAUUGCCCUCCUGGAUAAAGUCAACAGCAUGAGCUCAGCUAUUCCUGUGGCUCCAGGAAAUGUGUCUGAUUCGACAUCCUACCUAGCCACGAUUUCGCAGCCGACUGAAGACAAUCUGUCCACCAUCGUCCCGGAUCUGGCAGAGCGGCAUAACAUCACACUAAGCCCGAGUCUCCUGGAGCUGAACAACAGCGUCACCACAGUCAAGAGCAGCACAACCACCGCACAGCCCAUGAGAAUACAGUCUGUGCUAAAUCAGACCGUCCUCUACGAGUACAACAGCAGAUCACAGCAAGACCCCUGCUGGGAGACAUAUGUGGGCCAGGAGAUGUUGAAGCUCUCCAUCAUUGAUAUGAUCUUCACUGUGGCAAGUAUCCUGCUCAUUGAUUUCAUCCGCGGCCUGGUGGUUCGAUAUCUGAGCGACUGCUGCUGUUGGGACUUGGAGAGCAAGUUUCCAGAAUACGGAGAAUUCAAAAUAGCCGAAAAUGUUCUUCAUCUGAUUUACAACCAGGGAAUGAUCUGGAUGGGAGCAUUUUUUUCACCCUGCCUGCCUGCCUUUAACGUCUUGAAGCUCAUUGGUUUGAUGUACCUGCGGAGCUGGGCUGUGCUGACCUGUAAUGUUCCCCAUCAGCAGGUCUUCAAGGCCUCCAGAUCAAAUAACUUCUACCUGGCCAUGCUUCUGUUCAUGCUGUUCCUGUGUAUGUUACCCACCAUUUUUGCCAUCGUGAGAUACCGGCCGUCUCAGUAUUGUGGACCUUUCAGUGGACAGGAGAAGAUUUACGACAUCAUCUCUGAAACCAUUGCCAAUGACUUCCCACUGUGGUUCAGCAAAGUGAUGAGUUACGUCACCAGUCCUGUGGUUGUGCUGCCGGCUUUACUGCUACUCUUUAUGCUGAUCUACUACCUUCAGUCCAUUGCUAGAUCCCUCAAGUUCACCAACAGCCAGCUGAGACUGCAGCUGCAGACCGAGCGCACGGAAGACAAGAAGAAAGUGUUUCAGCUAGCUGCAGCCCGUCUGCAGGCACCUGAGGGCGGCGAUAAAAACCCAGAACAAGAGAGCGACAUAACAAGUGUCGAGUCGUCUGCCCGCUCUGCCUCCCCUCCACGCCGUAAUGGCAGCGUCUCCAACUUCGAGUCUCCUAUCCGGCCAGCAGACAGCAUCCAGACUAUAACCCAGUCGGCAUCACGGUCUGAUGUUCCCAGAGCUGCCGGAGCGACCCGGAGUCCAUCGGUUCCCGUGCGGCAGAAACACAAAGCGGAGCACGCAGCCAGUAGCGCACACAGAAUGUACAGCAGCCCCUCAGUUCCCCAAAGACAAGUACGACAGAGACAAGUGGAGUUCAUACCCGUCAGGCAUUCUGGGUACAUGGGCAGCACCAGCGGUUCCAGCCGAUCCAAGUCCUACCACAACAUGGCCUACAACCCAUGCACGCGAUAUACCGAAAACAUCCACUCUGAUCCACUGUUUCGGAAAACCCUCCGACCGAUGCACACCGAGCCCAGCGUGAUCACGGCUCAGAGCUACGUGGGCCGGCGCGCACACACAACACGCUACGUCAUCGUCAACGAACACGAUGCUCGCAAGAAAAUCAUGCGCACCAAUACACGCAUACCGAGGCAUUACCGCUUACCGGACGAACCAGAGAUUGUAGAGCUGUAUCCUCGCAACGUAAAAUGCUACAUUCCUCGUACUCCUCACCGAAGCCACCAGCCGCAUCUCAGUGAGGAAGAAGAGGAGGAUGAAGAAGAUCCCAAGACCAGCACGAGGAGGGGAUCAAGCCGUCCUAAGUCCCUGUCGGACAUCCGUCCGACACCACGAUUCUACAUUGGCGAUAGUGUAAAUAGUCAAUUGUCAAUGGAGCAUGGUAUAUAUGGUGAUGAAGAGGAAUACGGUCAGGAAGACGAUUGGGUAAACUUGCAUCCUUGCUCUCAAACUAACGUCCGAGGCCCAGAGUCAACUCACAGAUAUGGUGAAACCUACGUCAAGCCCAAGACCAAGCAUAAAGUGGAGCCGUCGCUGACCGAGUCAGAUUCGGCAUCAUUGGCGUCUAGCAGCGACCAACAAAACAGCAGCACAGACCAGUACAUCCAGGUCAUUCACAACAAGGAGAAGUACCUGAAGCCCAGCGCAAAGAUGACCAAGAAGAAAGCCAAGAAUAGUGUCACACUCAAUGUGUCUGAUGGUAACGAUCUCGUCUGCUCCAAUGUUUAGAGUGGAAAAGCGGUGAUAAUGACUCGGUUUGGGAACUCUAAUGAACUGUCUGAUAUAAAAUCCUGAUAUAUGGCCAGUUUAUACUUCUAUGUCAAGUCCAGGCAGUAGGUUUGGUGUAAUGAAAUAAAGUCCCCUCCGGAAUCGGGUCGUUAUUAGAAGGGAUACAGCCACAGUCAGAAGUUAACAAGAAUUAGGAAUUAAAUCCAGGUCUUGCACAACAAAGAGGAGUACCUGAAGCGCAGUUCAAAUGACCAAAAAGAAAGCCAAGAACAGUGUAAAACUCGAUGUCUGAUGUUAACGAUCUGGUCUGCUCCAAUGUUUAGAGUGGAAAAAUGGUACGCGAUAAUGACUCUGUUUGGAAAAUCGAAUGAACUUAAAGCUUUAUAUAGAGUCAAUUUAUACUUCUUUGUUGAGACCGUGCGGAAUGGCUGGUUGAUGACAAAUUGAGUCCCUCCUGAUCGGGUUGUUGUUAGAAGGGAUACAGGCACAGACAGAAAUUUACAAGAAUUAGGAAUCAAAUCCAGGUUAAUCACAACACAGAGAAAUACCUGAAGCCCAGUGCAAAGGCGGCCAAAAAGAAAGCCAAGUACAGUGUUAAACUCAAUGUCUAGAGUGAAAAAUGAGAGAUAAUGAUUCUGUUUAGGAAACUGUCAAAAACUGUCGAAAGUUUGAUAUAGAGCCAAUUUAUACUUCUUUGUUGAGACCAUGCAGAAUGGCCGGUUGAUGACAAAUUGAGUCCCUCCUGAUCAGGUUGAUGUUAGAAGGGAUACAGGCACAGAGAGAAGUUUACAAGAAUGAGGAAAUCAAUUUAGGUCAAUCACAACAAAGAGAAAUACCUGAAGCCCAGUGCAAAGGCGGCCAAAAAGAAAGCCAAGUACAGUGUUAAACUCAAUGUCUAGAGUGAAAAAUGAGAGAUAAUGAUUCUGUUUAGGAAACUGUCAAAAACUGUCGAAAGUUUGAUAUAGAGCCAAUUUAUACUUCUUUGUUGAGACCGUGCGGAAUGGCUGGUUGAUGACAAAUUGAGUCACUCCUGAUCGGGUUGUUGUUAUAAGGGAUACAGGCACAGACAGAAAUUUACAAGAAUUAGGAAUCAAAUCCAGGCUAAAAAGGAUACAAUUGCGGACAGAAGUAUGCAAGGAUUGGGAAUUAAAACCAGGUCAUUCACAACAAAGAGAAAUACCUGAAGCCCAGUGCAAAGGCGGCCAAAAAGAAAGCCAAAAACACAGUAAACUCAAUGUCUAGAGUGAAAAAUGUGAGAGAUAAUGACUCUGUUUAGGAAACUGUCAAAAACUGUCGAAAGUUUGAUAUAAAGCCAAUUUAUACUUCUUUGUUGAGACCGUGCGGAAUGGCCGGUUGAUGACAAAUUGAGUCCCUCCUGAUCAGGUUGAUGUUAGAAGGGAUACAGGCACAGAGAGAAGUUUACAAGAAUUAGGAAAUCAAUUUAGGUCAAUCACAACAAAGAGAAAUACCUGAAGCCCAGUGCAAAGGCAGCCAAAAAGAAAGCCAAGAACAGUGUUAAACUCAAUGUCUGUUGGUAAUGAUCUUGUCUGCUCCAAUGUUUAGAGUGUAAAAACGGUGAGCGAUAAUGACUCUGUUUGGGAAAUCUAAUGAACUGAAAGCUUGGUAUAGAGCAGGGAUCACCAAUUUAUACUUCUUUGUCUUGUCCAGGCAGUAGGUUCGUGUGAUGACAAAUCGAGUCCCUCAUGGAAUAAAGUUGUUGCUAAAAAGGAUACAAUUGCGGACAGAAGUAUGUGAGGAUUGGGAAUUAAAACCAGGUCAUUCACAACUAAGAGAAGUACCUGAAGCCCAGAGCUAAGAUGGCCAAAACAAAAGCCAAGAACACUGUAAACUCAAUGUGUCUGAUGGUAACGAUCUUGUCUGCUUCGAUGUUAUGCAGUUAUGACUCUGUUUGGGAAAUCUAAUGAACUGUCUAAUGCAGUGGUCACCAAACUUGUUCCUGAAGGGCCAGUGUCCUGC